AUGGGCCUGUUGCUGCUGGUGUCAAGCCUGCUCAUUUGGGAACAUGUGAUCUCCACCUCAGAUAACCAGAGGUCCAAUGAAGAACUGUAUUACAAAAUGCUGUCCAUUUCUCAUCACACCCGUGUAGUUGCCCGAGACAUGUAUAAAAUUUUAACUGAAGACCUUCUGAAAGUGAUCAUCAAUAUUUCAAAUGCCUGGAAGUACCCACUAAAGCUGCUACCACCUGCAGCAUUGACUCACUUAGGGUCCUAUCAUGGUAUGCUGACAGGAGCCAUACAAGUUAAAUAUGGAAAUGAAGAGGUUCUGGCGGGAGCCAAAAUUUUACUCAGGAGGAUGCAUCUUGAAUUUGAAGAAAAUGUCUAUCCUGACUGGCCAGAACUAAAACAAUUAAGGUCUUCCAAUGAAGAAAGGCACCUUUUUGCAUUUUAUAAACUCUUCUUUUGCCUACGAAAUGAUACACAAAAGAUUGACCGCUAUCUCAAGACUCUGGGGUCCCAAAUUAUCAAAAACCACAGGUGCUAA